UGCCUGUCUACCUAUAAAUCGUAAGACGAAGAGAAGCACCGGGGUAACAACAGAAGCAGUAGCUGUUGUUUUCCGGCUCUGAAAUGAAUAAAAGUAAAGCUAGCGGAGUGUCUUGGGUAAAACCAGCGGAGCCGUCUUUUCUAAAGAAGUUUAAAAAUGACGUCGGAUUCAAAGAAGGGCCCACCGUGGACACGAAGCGUCAAGUGAUGCCCGAACUGGACGACGACAGUGGCAGCGACCAAGAAGACGAGCUGCCUCAGGUUGUGGUUCUAAAGAGCGGAGACCUGAGUGCAGAUGAAGUGAAGAAGAUCAAAGGUGACACUGAGGGAGCUGCAGAUAAAGACGAUGAACCUCCCCCUGACGGGAAGAUCCUGUUCAAAAAGCCAGCCAAGCGCUCCUCCUCGGACAAGUUCCAGGGCAUCACGGCCAGUUCCAGCAAGAAGAAGAAGCAGCAGAGCGAGGAUGGAGAGAAGGAGAAGGAGGAGGAGAAGAAGGUGGUGGGGGUGACAGCGACGUCCGGAAAGAAAGUGAAGAACAACAGCCUUCUGUCGUUUGGAGAAGAUGACGAGGACGAGGAUGACUAAAGAGAGUGGUACACACACAUACACUAACUCAACUGUCCCUAAUAAUGUAAAAAUGUUAAAGGGAAAGUUCAGGUUUUAGUGUUUUUAUGAAGCUGCUGAUCCGGACGGAGGAAAAAAAUGAUUUUAGACACGACACAAACGUUUCACUCAAUAAAAUCUAUGUCAGUUUAAGUCAACGUUAUCAUAAGAAUAUUUUUUUGUGUGUUUUUUGUCUGGAAACCUCUGAACUGCUCUCCCACACCAAAGUCCAUAGAGAAAAUCAGUUAUUCUACAUCACAGCACACAGGAGUUGUGGAUUCACCACUGCUUCUAGUAGUACGUGUAAAUGUGUCAUUUUGUGAUUUCGGUGUUUGAAAGGUUUCUUUCGGAUUUCCGUCAGUGGCGCAGAAUGACCUCACGAGGCAGCAGUUGACCAGCAGCCGCUGUGUCCCAGAGAGUUAAAAAUGCUGAUUUUCUCUAGGGACUUUGGUGUGGGAGAGGGAAGGAACUUGUUGUUUCCAGACAGAAAAGGCUGUUUAAAAGUAAGGAAAAUAGCAGCAACCAUCAGUGUAGAUUUUUAUUAGGUGAGUCUUUUGUUGAGUGUUUUUCUUUGUUGUUCCUAUUGCGUCCCCAUCUUUUCACGGAGAGCAAGCUUUCCUGUGUCAGGCUGGUUCCACAAAAAAAACCUGAACUAUCACUUUUAAGUGAUCGUCACAGUCGUCUUCCCAAAGUCGUUUUUUUUGUAUUUCAAGCUUUUGUUAUUUAUUUAUUUUUCUUUGCCAAGUCGCAUGCAAAGCAACUGCCCUGUCACUCAAAAGGUCAUGCUGUGAAGACUGGGUCAUACUUUCUGUGUCCGCAUGAUAUUAAAAUUCUGGGGAUUCCGUGGGCGUUACAUGGGCGACCGCCACCAGCAGCACACCGUACACCCCGACUGAGCGUACUCCCUGUAGCACAACACUUUGGUCGAAGAGAGACGCCAAAGAAGACGAUAAACAUGGAACCUUGCUCGAGGUCGUGUGAGGAUACUGUUUAUACUCUCACAUUUACAUUUCAAAAUAAAACACGGGACAUAUCGAUGACUUGUGACUUCCUGGUGAGAAACGGCACCACGGGAUUGGAAUGUCAGAUCGAGUAUGCAUGCCAGGGUCCUUAAUAGACCCUACGUUUAGUUGAUAUUUACAUACAAAUGUCUCCGUUGUUUACGACACCACGGACUGUUUCAUGCCCUGUGUUGCUUAAUGUACAUAGUCUAGGCCUACGCAGGAAAAAAGUGCUGGAGUCAUAAUUACUAGCAGGGUUGUGGACACUGUCCACUGUCCCUCCCCCCGCCGCUGACAUGAGUUUCCGCGCAGAACAAUGAGCGCGUAAAGUAAAGAUGAGAGAGCGCAAAUGACGACGUGAUGCCUGGGAAUUGAAAAUUCCAAGAUCUCUGUCUCACAAGAGACUUGACUUUGACCAAGAUCCCAAGGACAAAUCAAUAAAAGUGGACGCCAUCAAGGGCGAAGCAGCUCUUUCAAGUGGCCCUUCCAUCUUGAGCUCUGUCGGCACAUUCUAGUCCUUGAAUUGGUCCUGGAAAAGUCCUUGAAUUUGAUGUUUUGGAACCCUGGCAUGACCCCUUGUUUAUUGGCACUGCCCGGUUGUAGUUGGAAGUCGGAAAGGGGGGGAGUGGGGCGUUCCAGUUGAAAUGGCACACCCUUAAAUUCAGAUUCCAACUCUCAAAAACUUUUUUUUAUUCGUGGACUGAGUGCAAAAUAACCGUUGCUAGCCUGAGAUACGUUUGCGUCUGUGUGUGUGUGUGUCCCCGUGACUCAACUGGGACACCACUAAGUUCCCAGUUCCGACUUCUGACAUAAACGGAAUGCACUAUUUAUAUGAGUGGGAACCACAGGGCAAAGAAGCUGCUCUCCAUGGACGCGUGGAACAUGUUAAGUAUGACUCGGCACUAACGAUUUUUAACACCCACAGACUCUGUCGGCUCUAUCAGGUUUUUAAAAGUAAAUUUUUUUUUUAAAUCCGUACUGUCACAAGGACUGCUCGUCAUCACGAUUCUUUUCUUUUAUGAAACUACAGGCCUGGAUUUGGGGACGACGUGUACUCAUACAUUCUGUAUGUGUCAUUUGAAUAUUGAUGGUGAUGUUUUUGUUUUUUCUGUGUGUAAAUCCUGUCGAUGUUGUAUUUUUUUUUUUAAAUUGUUGUUGUCAGAACUGAAAUAAUAUUCACAGUGAGCGCCGAAACUGCUCACUGUAGAGUUUGAUACAUCCAGUGGGAUGUGUUGAAUUAUCGAAUAUAUUUUGGCUUCGGGAAAGGAGCUAUAUAGCAGCUAAGUGUAGAGACGAUGCAUUCUUGUCAAUGCGGUUGUUGGAUAUGUGUGUGUGGUUUUUCUUUUCUUGUUUUUAUUGUGAAUGUUUUAUGACUGUAACAUUUGUACAUGUAAAUCAUUAAAAACAUUUGUACAGUAAA